GCUAAUUAAAGCAAUAAUACUGUAAGAUGAAUGCGAUAGACCUUCCUUUCUCCUAAUUCCAUCCUUUUACCCCACACUUUAUAGUUAAUGGUACCAUCUAGUGAAAGAAAUCAGGAUUGCAAAACAGCCUCAUCUAACAGCUGCUCACUUCAACAAACAAAACCAACAUGUAAAUUAAGUAAAGGAAGAGUGUGACUUAUUGUUAUGAUUCAAAAUAUCUGACUUGAUUGAUUGAUUUGUUGAUUCAUAUGGAAAAAGUUUAUUUUUUGCAGCAUGUUCAAUCAUCAGGGUUCUCGACCAUCCUGCUCUUCUACUGUAUUGUUGUUGACUUCUUUUAAUAAUGUAUUUAAUGACGUUCACGUUGACUCACUUUACAGCAAAUAAAGAGAAAGUGGAGAGAGGCAUCUACCAGAUAAAACAACACUGUGUCAUUUUUACAUCAGUUUUGUACUAUGCCCUUCAUCUGCAAUCUCUUAUCUCUGCACUUUGAUGUUUGUUUUUGUUUGUUUAAUUUGCCACAAUUAGGCAAUCACUGACAGAUCCCGUGGAGGACAAGAAAAAGACCUGUUUGAUAAAGAGCAGAAUGCUAAAUGUUCCUGCAAAGUGACGUUUAUAAUACUGAUUGAUAUGGAAUAUAGUAUUAUUACAGAAUGUGUAUAGCAUUACAGAGAUAAAUGACAUAUUGUAAAAUGACAAACUGUAAAAUAAAACCAAAAAUGCCACAACAAUUAAAAAAAAAACGUCCAAAAAACAUAUAAUCCACAAGAAAAAUCCCAGUGCUUUCAAUGACUGCUUCUUUGAUAGAAAAGCAAAAAGUCUGAUGGGAGUGCACAAUGCAAAAUACUUUUUCCAGGAAGAGGAGGGGCAGAUGAAGGGAGGGAUAAUGUGUCAUUCCCAAGAAACGAAACUUCACGCUUAAUAGGAAACUUUCUACUGCUCUCUACACCUAGUUUCCACAGACAGCUCUGCAGACAUGGCCUCAGCCAGCAGUCUCCUGUGUGAAGAACAACUUCUGUGUUCAAUCUGUCUAUGUGCGUUCACUGAGCCUGUCUCUACUCCAUGCGGACACAACUACUGCAAGUCUUGUAUCACAGGGUACUGGGCCACCAGUAACGUGGCACAGUGUCCACUCUGUAAGAAGAAGUUCCGCAGAAGACCACAGCUUCAGGUCAACACAGAGUUCAGAGAUAUGGUGGAGCAUUUCAACAAUAUGAGGGUGAGGGGUGCAGAUGAGAGCCUUGCCCAACAAGGGGAGGUGCCCUGUGACGUCUGCCUUGGGCUAAAGCUCAAGGCCCAGAAGACGUGUCUGGUGUGUUUGGCCUCGUACUGCCAGUCUCACCUGGAGCCUCAUCAGAGAGUACCAGCCCUUAAGAAGCACAAGCUGAUCGAUCCUGUGUCAAACCUGGAGGACAGGGUUUGUAAGAAGCAUGACAAGAUGUUUGAGUUCUUCUGUCGCACAGACCAGAUGUGUGUUUGUUUCUUGUGUUUGAAAGACGACCAUGCAAUGCAUGAAACCGUCCCAUUAGAGCACGUUGUCAGAGAGAGGAAAACCUGGAUUGAGACAUUGAUGUCAGAAAUAAAAACGAUGGAAAUCACUAAAUCCGUGAGUGUUAAGAGAAUCCAAUACUCACUUGAACAGAGAAAGAAAGAGUCAGACAAAGAGAUAGCAGACGUUGUUGAGGUUUUCACUGCUCUGGUGGCCUCCCUACAAAGAGGGCAGGCUGAGCUGAUUGAGGUGAUCAAGGAGAAGCAGAAAGCAGCAGUGAAGACAGCUGAAGACCACAUGGCACAGCUGGAACUAGAAGUCACUGAGCUAAAGAGGAGAAGGUCUGAGAUUGAGCAGCUUUUACAAACAGAGGACCACCUCCACCUCCUGCAGAGCUGGCCCUCCCUCUGCUUCCCUGCACACACUGAGUACCUACACAACCCUCUGUCACACUCCACCAAUCCAUUUACACAAGAUGGCUCCGACAUGAGUCGUCAGAGCUGUGUGGGGAUGGUGAAAAAAGCAGUGGCUAAGAUAGAAAAGACACUCAAUAAUGAGAUGGAGACACUCAUUCAAGAGGUCAAGUUUAGUGAUGGCUGUGAGGCUGCUGAACAGACUGAUGUUGCUGGAAAACAGACAACAGACAAGUUUAUUAAAGAAGUGUGGAAUCCACCUCAGGACAAGCUGAUGAUGAUCCAGCUGUACGAUGAAGUGGACGUGACUAUGGAUGCCUACACAGCCAAUGCCAGACUUACGGUGUCUGAGGAUGGGAAACAACUGAGACUUAAUGAAGGCAAUCAAUUGUCGCCAUCUUUAUUUGCAAGAAGAUUUGAACAUCAAUCCUUCGUCCUUGGGAAAGAUGGUUUUUCCUCAGGCAGGUUCUACUAUGAGGUCCAGGUCAGUCAAAGUACCCACUGGGUCUUGGGAGUUGUCAAAGAGUCCAUUAACAAGCAGACCUUUUUGUUUCCCAACCCUGAGGAAGGAGGCUGGACAUUUUCUGGAAUCAGAAGCCUAUUCGAACAGCAUUAUUUUCCCAACACUGGUAACCCCCUAGCAGAUCCCGUGUACCUGAGCCAGAGGCCCCAGACAGUUGGUGUGUUUGUCGAUUAUGAGAAGGGAGAGGUCUCCUUCUAUGACGUGGACACCAGGACUCUGAUCUACUCCUUCACAGGCUGUACCUUCUUUGAGACCGCACCAGCACUGAAGACUCUUCUUUACACUUUGGCUGGCACUUCCUUAAGUAACAGACCGAAGCUCUACCCUAUUUUUGGUUUGUUUGGAGAUCAUGACGAUUCGCUCAUAAUCACUCCAGUAGGCCACACAGAUUGAGGUGCCAAAUACACCAAGGGAAAAUGUGUGUAACUUCAAUGAAAAAGUUCAGUCAUUUUGGAGUUCUCAUUCAUAUAUCAGCGCUGUUUUUUGUACAUAUGUUCUUUGUUUUAACCCUCAGCUUUCAUAAAAAUUUGCAUUAAACAGUGCAGAUAAGAUCAUCUACCUGACAAUAAGAAAAGGUAGAAAGUAGAUAAUUCACAUCCAUGAGGUGUGUAAAUCAGGCUUUAUCCUGCUUGCUGGUUAAAAUACAGAACAGAAGAGAGUUGGCAGUAUUGUAUGCAUCUGGGCACACAAAGCAAUUCAAGUAUUUGACCACAAGGUGAUACCAUUUAACCAAUGUUCAGGCCUGUCUCUGUGAGACGCCAGGGAAGCAACAGAGUGGACAAUGGCAUCAUCAUGGGUACGCAAUUUAAUCCUGUUGUCACUUUCAACAAUGCUUUUACUGUAUAUACAUAGGUUCAACAUUAGAGGCUCACAUGUACUUUUUCUCAGUAUCAAUAAUCUUGUUCAACAGUUAUUUCAUUGAAUUUUGGUAUACCAUUGUCAGCAUAUAACAGGUGCCCAAAAAAUGAUGUAAAUUAUGAGAUAGUACUCUGAAUAUUAUGCUUGGAUUACAUUACGUGAACGCCACUGACUCCAGUGUCCACAAUUCAUUCUUUUUUAAAAUGAGCAAGUUUUUAAAUGCUAAAUCUGGCCUGCUUGGGCCAAAACAUAUCUGAUAAAUGAGUUGUAUUGUGAUUUACUAUGCAGCUGAAAUACUCAAUAAAGUGCAUUUCUAAAAAUUA